AUGGCAGAUGCAGUGGCGGCCGAGUCUACUCCAGCAGUACCGGACUACCUCGCUUCACCGAACGCGGUCUUCGCGGACGAAGGUGUCCAAUGGCGAUACGGCAGAGCUCCAGACUACUCGAAAACUCGCAAGGUCUGGGAAGAGGGAAAGAAGUCGAAUCACGUCGCAGGUAGUCUACCUCAGCUCGUCGAGAACCUCGUCAAGAACUGGGAAGUUGAAGCCUCCUUCAAACCUCGACUCUCGGACUGGCGGACGAUCGACCAUGAUAACUACACCUUUGCCAUGAAUGGAGGAAGUCCGCAAUCUGCGGAGCACAUGCUGAAGGUUGGCACAUACAAUGCGAUCAUCGAGCCCAAUGAGUACUAUGAUCCGAACAACUCCGACUUCGCGUCCAGCCACAAGACCUUCAAGCGCAUGAUGCCAACGUUCGCGUGGGAAGUGAUGGAAGUGUACAGCGGACCGCCUGUGGUGGCCUUCAAAUGGCGGCAUUGGGGAACCAUGAAGAACGACUAUGUCGGCUUCAACAACAAGGGAGAAAAGGUCACUGCCAAAGCACACGGUGGGCCAAUCGAGAUCUUCGGCAUCACAAUCGCCAAGGUCGAUGACAAGGUCCGUCUGCAAGCCAUCGACACCUGGAUGGAUCCUCUGGCCAUGUUCCGACAGAUUGCACCGCAUGGCAUCGUCAACAAGGAAUCCAUGAACCGCAAGGCGGAGAAGGCUGAUGCGCUUGAUGAUGGUCCUGGCCACAAUGGCAUCAAUAUAGCUGAGGAGCACAAAUCUGGCGACUCGACGUCGAACGUCGACCAGGCUGCGGGAGCGGACAUUCCCAAGCACGUCUCGAACAAGACUGGGGAGUUCGCGGACUCUCCUGUCCCGCAGAUGGGAGCUUGUCCAUUCAUUGCAAGGAAUGGCAUGCUUUCGUCCGAGUCUGUUCCUGCCGACCACCCUGCCGUCCCGAGUACAAAUGGCACGAAUACGACCAGUCUUACCAAUGGUUCUAACGGACUAGACGCCACUCCUCUUGAAGACAUGAAUGGCUUGAACGAGCACGAUCGGCCUGGAUCUUUGCAAACUCCAACCCAGGCAUCCUUCUCCAAGUCUGAAGACACGGACCAAGCGCAAACAGCAGAGGUGACUACUAAGUACGACGAUGCUCCGAAUGGGAGUGAUCAAGAGGGUCCGCUGCAGACUCCACGACGUGCUUCAUCGUCUGAGCCUACAGAGUGGUACAUGAUACCGAGGGAUGUUGACAUGACCCAGCCAAGUGAUGCAAACGGCGGCCAUCCUGAAGUGAGCAACGCAGCAGUGACCGCCGGUUCGUUGGACGGAGUUGCCAGCAUGGACAUCGACGCUACGCCUUCAACCACCGCUCAGCAAGAUCUUCUGGAUGCCAACACCAGCGCUGCAACAAGCCUUCCGAUUCCCGAAGCCGGAAGUGCCACCACUCUGGCCGCUGAUCAACAGCCCCCAAAGCGUGCAGCCGAGGACAGCAUCCCACGCUCUAUCUACUCCUCAGCAGUCACAGGCAAUGUUGAGGACGUAAUCAAAGUAGCCAGAAACGGCGACUAUGCUGACGAGUCCGUCAUGACGGGAACAUACGACGCAGUUGACAAGCAUCUGGAGAGCCCCGCUGAUCAUGUCCAUCGACACCCGAAGACGAUGGAGGAAGUGGUGAAGCCCGAUCCUGGCGAAGCUGUUGCUGUGUCGGGGAAGAGUGAGGAGACUCGGCAGACGUACCAGGAGAUGAGCGAUAUCAAGCCAGAGGAGAAGGAGAUGAUCAUGAACCGGGAGUGA